CUCUACUCCACUUUCUCCCUGUAUAAAACAUCCUUAUUCGACAUAUAACUAGUGUUCAUCGUAAAACUUUCUCCACGGAUCUUCACGAUGGGCGCGAAUUGGCAUUGAAGAUAACCGAUACCACCUGAUUUCUGUUUGGUUUGAGAAAAGGGGAAAUCCCAAUAAUCCCGGUGUUCUGACCUCGAAAGAUGGGGGCUGUUUGGGUUCGCAAAUGGGCGUUUUAAGUUACGGCGGUUUUGCAUUUCGUAAUUGCAUCGGUGUUCACGACACAACGGAGUCAUCGGGUUCAAUCUGGGAGCGGCACGAUAAAGCGUCAUCACGGGUUAUGACAUUUGAGCAAAAAAAGAAUACCACUACACAUAUAGAACAAGUGUUUGGCGACGAGGGGUUGGUUUCUAUUUUGUUUAAGCAGGCAGGUGGUUCUUCCAUCGGGGCGGAGUUGUGCUACUCGGCAAGGUCUUUUUUACAUGGGAAAUAUCCGGGUCAAAGAGAAUCUCAACACAAAGUAACGGGAUUGGGUAGGCACUCGGAGUGUCUUGAUUUUUAUUUUUCUAAGCUCAUGGCACGAGAUGGGAGUUGGUUGCGCGGUGCUUUGGGGCUGCAAAUACAGGGCUCAUAUUCAUGUCAUCAUCAUCAUCAUCGUCAUCAUCGUCUUUUGUUUCCCUUUUUGCCAUUUUUACUGUCCUUGUAUUACGGUCAAAGGAUGAGAGGAUACCAGUCCGUUUCUUUCGUAUUAUUCCCCCGGGCAGCAAAGGUUCUACCAAUUGGGUCAAGUGCAUCACCAGGUUUCUUCUCUCGGGGCGAUUUGGGGGAGGAUGGAAUCUUUGUGUAUAGGAAAUCAUAUUCGGGCGGACAAGCGCAGGCGGCGCGGAAAUGGGUACACGCCAACUGGUUCCAUAACGGCUGUGUGGCGUUUACCUAUUUUGGUGUUUGUGUGUGAAGAUAAAAGAGAACGCCUUUUGUUGGGUGUUUUCUACCGUACAUUCGAUGUGUUCAAUUGAAAUGGGCGAAAUAUGUGCCUCUCACUUCUAA